AAUUCACUUCCUCUCCUCCCAUCCUCACUUACAUUAUUUAUACACAGCAUUAUUGAAUUUGAACAGUAUUGUCUGCACUGAUGGCGGAAAAUUCAGCAUCACAAGAUAGCAGCCUCUUCUCUCCUUACAGGAUGGGCAAGUUCUCCCUCUCUCACAGGGUGGUGCUUGCGCCCAUGACGAGGUGCAGAGCGUUGAAUGGAAUUCCACGGCCAGCACUUGCGGAGUACUACGCCCAAAGAACAACCAACGGCGGCUUUCUCAUCACCGAAGGCACUCUGGUCUCCAACACAGCCGCCGGAUUCCCUCAUGUUCCUGGGAUAUAUUCCGAAGAACAGGUGGAGGCAUGGAAGAAGGUGGUGGAUGCAGUUCAUAAAAAAGGUGGCAUCAUUUUCUGCCAGUUGUGGCAUGUUGGCCGUGCAUCUCAUCCAGUUUAUCAACCUGGGGGGGCUCCUCCAAUUUCAUCAACGAGCAAGCCCAUAUCAAGUAGGUGGAGAAUUCUCAAGCCAGAUGGAUCCUACAGCACAUACCCGGAGCCAAGAGCCCUGGAAGCAUAUGAAAUACAGGAUGUGGUGGAACAUUAUCGCAAGGCAGCCUUGAAUGCCAUUCGUGCAGGUUUUGAUGGAAUUGAGAUUCAUGGGGCGCAUGGGUACCUCAUUGACCAAUUUUUGAAGAAUGGUAUCAACGAUCGUACUGACGAGUAUGGCGGAUCAAUUGCAAAUAGGUGUAAAUUCUUAAUGCAGGUGGUUCAAGCAGUAGUAGGAGCCAUUGGUGCAGAACGAGUUGCUGUUAGAAUUUCUCCAGCAAUUGAUCACCUUGAUGCCACAGACUCUGACCCACUUGGCCUAGGCUUGGAAGUGAUCGGUAGACUCAACAAGCUCCAAGUAGACCUGGGCUCAAGACUCACUUAUCUCCAUGUGACUCAGCCUCGAUACACUGCUUAUGGCCAAGCAGAAUCAGGCAGACCAGGCAGUGAAGAAGAGGAAGCUCAGUUGAUGAGGGCCUUUAGAAAAGCUUAUCGGGGAACAUUUAUCUGUAGUGGUGGCUUUACUCGGGAGCUAGGAAUGGAAGCUGUAGCGCAAGAUGAUGCUGAUUUGGUAUCCUAUGGUCGCCUUUUUAUCUCGAACCCAGACUUGGUCUUGAAGUUUAAGAUCAAUGCGCCCCUAACAAAGUAUAAUAGAAAAACUUUCUACACCCAGGAUCCUGUUGUUGGGUACACAGAUUACCCAUUUCUGAACGGGGAAAGUGCUAGCCAAGAGCCAUUGUCCCGCCUCUGAUGGGUAUAUUUAUCUGGCUAAUAAUAGUCUGUAUGGUCUUUUGCAUAUCUAGAUUUGGAACUUCCACUUGAUAUUGUUUUUGAGAGAAAAUAGACAUGGGUGUUAAUUUCAGAUAUGCAUGUAUAAUGCAAAGUCAUAGACAUGACUGUGUCCUUGUGUGGUUUAAUAUACUUCUCACCUUAAUUUAUGUGGGAACUUGAAACAAAGGAAUGGCAACUUUUAUUAA